AUGGAAAUCCCUGACUCGAAUGGAUAUGUGAAUGUAACAUGGCCUAGUAAAAAUAUUCCUCAUGGUGGUAUUUUUCACACGCGAGUGGAAGAAGUCUCUAGUGCACAGCAAGAGUUCCUUAAAUUGCUCUUAGAAGAAUCGAAACUAACAAUUGCACAGAGACGUAAAUCCGCGUACAGAUUAAGAGAGAACGAGACAAAGGAAACGCCAAUAGUUAGGCAAAAUGUGAGAAUUCUGCGACCCAGAACUUCUUGUCGCCGUUCUCUUUCUGCUAUUCGGGCGUCAGGUGUUCUUGAAACAGAUUCAAUCUUUUUAAGUUACAAGCCAUUGAAGCGAGGCGAAGAUCGGGAGAAAAUGAAGGAGGGACUGGCGAAUGUCAUGGCGUAUGGCGAUAAAGGUCAACAGCCGCCGCGACCGCCGCGCCCAAUCAAACUCCCGCCAAAACUGCCUACCAAUAAGGAGAAAUGGAACGAUCUGGUAACACAAAUACGCGAGCGCGCGAACUGGUUGGCCGAGAUGGAGGUGUUGGGGGCGGCAGACGACCAUCGCGAGAUCAUACAGGACCAGAUUGCGGAGCGUAUGAGAGCGCUGGACGCGUUGGGGGUAGACAGCGAGUGUUCUUCGGUUCGAUCCAAGGGCUCUGGCUUCAGCGUCCUUGACACAGGCAGGCGGAGCGUGAGGAGCAACGGUGGUGCAACUCGUACGGGUGGUUCCAAACAAUCUACAUCAUCACUGGCUAAGAAAGAUCAAUCAAAAGGGAAAAAUAAUAGAGGGACCGAAGAGAAUGUUGAUGCUUACAGUCGCAUUACACCUUUACAAUACACUCCUCGGCGAAGAGUU